UCUUUUCACUAUAAAUGCCUUUCUCUUCCUCUUCUUUUUCCUACAUUGCACCAGACCAGAGACUAGUCUACUGUAAACCCAUUUGAACGGUUCAACAGAGUUGGUUUUACUUUCAUUAUAUAUACAAUCUGAAAGACCCUUUUGUUUGCUGAGAAAGUUGAGCUUGUUAUUAUUAUCUCUAAUGGCCCCAGAGAUGGACAAGAGUAGUCCACUCUCCGUACGAGAAGGGAAAUCCACCACCAUUCCAAUCCCAUCAAACUCACCAAAGAGAAGUAGUAUUUUCAUAGCUCAAGUCUGUCUCAGAAGCUUAGCCAUAGUUUUCACCUUGGCUGCAAUCUCUCUUACUCUCACUGAUAAACAAACCAUCUCCCUAUUCGGUCUUCAGUUCAAAGCUCGUUACUCUUAUUCUUCUGCCUUCAGGUUCAUGGUGGGUGCUGAUUCAGUAUUGUGUGUCUCAUCUUUACUAUCGUUGGUCUUUCUUUUUGGUCUCUUGAAGCGUUCUGAGCCAGAGUCCCUGCAAAGCAAGUUGUUCUUGCUUUUCGUGCAUGAUACGGUAAUGAUGGUGUUGGUGGUGGCUGGAUGUGCGGCAGCCACUGCCAUCGGCUACGUAGGGCGCCACGGCGAAGCGCACAUGACAUGGCAAGCGGUGUGCGAACAAGUGCCCAAGUUUUGCAAUAGAAUGAUGGUGGCUGUAAUGCUUUCUUACUUGGCUUUCAUUGCCUAUUUCACUCUGACUCUUCUCUCUGCUCACCGCCUCAUGACUCGCCCAACUCACUGGACAAUCUGGACCCAACUCAGGCCAACUCAGUCUCAGAACCCUUCUGACUGACUAUGUUUUUCUGUGUGAGUGUGUGUGAGAUAAAAUCAUGUUAUAUUUCUCUCUUUCAUUCUUGGUUUUUUUAAGGAGUUGUGUGAAAAAUCCUACUAUUGCAUACAGUGCAAACCAGUUUUUAGUUGGUGUAGUUAAUGUUGUUUCCCACUUUUUACAAUAAUCUUACAGAGCUUGUUAUCUGGCGUUGUUAAUAAUACUACUUUCUGGUAGAGGUGACUUUGGUUAGCUGGUAGCUGUGUACUUUUUUUGUCGUCCUUUUAAAUUGUCUGCAGUGGAGUUAUGUUAUUGCUAGACAGAAAUGAGGCAAUUUGGUGUGGA